AUGUCGGCCAAGAGGGCAGAACUGAAGAAGACAAACCUGAACAAGAACUGCAAGACAGUUUGCCUGGAAUUGAAGGCAGAGCCCACCAAAGCAUAUGACUACAAAGGAGUUAAACAAGAAGGGCCAUCAACCAAGACAGGAGGGACACAUGACUUAAAGAAUGAACUCAGGAAAGUGAGGGAAGAGCUCAAGGAAAAAAUGGAGGAGAUAAAGCAGAUAAAAGAUGUAAUGGACAAAGAUUUUGAUAAACUCAAGGAAAUCGUGGAAAUUAUGAAGGACCUGCAGAAAGAUAUGGAUGAGAAGAUGGACAUCUUAAUAAAUAUCCAGAAAAACAACAAACUAACCCUUAGAAAAGGACCAAAGAACUGGCAGGAACUCAAGCUUAUGGAAAAUACAGCUUCACACUCACCAUUCAGGCUCAAUAAAAUGUGUGGAGCUGAUGGAGCACAGACGUCUGUUUGUCACAGGAAGAUCAUGUCCCCUAACUGA